AUGAGAAAUGACCAAUGGAAUAAGCGGUACUUCGUCCUCCUUUCCCUUAACUCGCCUCAUCUGCUGGCCACAUCCUGUGUGCUUGUAGAGCCUUUGGAUUUGGCACGACUCAGUCUAGGAGAUAAAAUUCAUGUCAAGUGCCGCGGAGGGCGGAAGCUCGAAGGAAUUCUACAUGCCUAUGACCCGCACUUGAACCUAAUCAUAGGACCGGUUGCAGAGACCUUGGAGGAGCCUUAUGUGGACGAGAAGACGGGAGCUCUUAAAACUCGCGCCACGACAAGGUUGAUAGAUGUUCUGUUUGUGCGAGGGGACGGCGUAAUUCUGAUUGCGCCUGUGCACUGUUAG